CCGUCCUGCCCUGCCGUCCCCCUCCUUUGUGUUCGCCUCAGCCUAUUGAAAAUAAAGGCCCUGCUGCUGUUCCUGGGAGCCCGCCAGGCUUGGGAGCCCGGGUUGGCGUCAUUUCAGUGGAAAGAGCCAUCUCGCUUCCCUCACGAGCGGGGAGCUGGGCCUGCCCGGGCUGGGACGGGGUGAGAUGGCAGCCUCUUCCUCAUCCUCUUCAGCCGGCGGAGUCAGUGGCAGCUCUGUAACGGGAUCGGGGUUCAGUGUUUCGGACCUGGCGCCGCCCCGAAAAGCCCUCUUCACUUACCCCAAAGGAGCUGGGGAGAUGCUGGAAGAUGGCUCCGAAAGAUUCCUCUGCGAAUCUGUCUUCAGCUAUCAGGUUGCAUCUACAUUAAAGCAAGUGAAACACGAUCAACAAGUCGCACGGAUGGAAAAACUAGCUGGUCUGGUGGAAGAGCUGGAGGCGGACGAGUGGAGGUACAAGCCAAUAGAGCAGCUCCUGGGAUUCACUCCCUCCUCGGGCUGAGCGUGUCUGGAUCGCUGCUGUCGGGGAGCAGAAGAAAAACAUUCUCUGGCCUGGCUUCAAAACACACCCCCGUUUAUCAGGAUGCUGACAGCUGCAUUGGCAGGCCUGGGCUUUUUUUGUUGGUUUUGUUUUUUUUUUAUUAUUUAUUUAAAUUGAGAGCAGGGAUCCCCCGUAAAGCUGCCAGCAAAUGGAAAUGAUGGGAUUCUUUAAGUCAUCCGCAGCAUUACAGGCUGGCAGGGCUCGGUUUCUGUAACUUAGAAGGUAGGAUCAGUUUUACAGAACUGGGAGAAUCGCCUUGUUGUUUACAGAGAGGAAGGGUAAGGUUUACGGUGCAGAGGCGGGGAAAGCAAGCCGAUAAGUCAGUCCGGCCUUUCCCCAGUGUGUGGCUGAAGGACUGGGUGAUCUGGGAAGCCUCCAUCUUUGCCACUUCAGCCGGGCCUCUGUAGGGUGGAGGUAGGAUAUCCCGCCAGAAACGCUCUUCGGCCCCAGCCACUGUUUUGGGGGGUGAACAGGACGAGAACUGUCCCAGGCUGGCUGAGAGGGGGCAAGCGGUGACGCUUUCUCCGGAGCCACCUCGUGUAUCGCCAGAGCCAUUUUUCUCUCCGUUUCUCUUGUGUCUGUACAGCGAGUGCUGGCAGGACGCUGUUCUCUUCAUGCAGAAGCUGUAUCUUUAAUACCCGGAAAUUCUUUUUCCUCUUUAUUAUCUAUUAGAUUGCUCUGUGAUA